AUCAGGGGAGGAACAGUUUUUUAAUAUCUAAAUAAUCCCAUAUGUUUUAUUCACCAAACUUUCCAGCACUGAAAAGUCACAGUCCCCAUUCUCAGCGUAUCUGAACCCUAUAACCUGAAAAUGGUGGAGGGAAAUGGGGUAGAUGCCACCGACACAAAACAACCCUAUGGAAAAAUGCAAAUUCCAACAUUCCGUCUCUUUCUCCUAUAAACAGGAACACAGAGAGCGUGGUGACAUGACAUGGAAACACCUGAUAUUCCAACAAAGGAAGUCGCAGAGGAAGGCUCCCGAUGGAUGAAGGAGGAAAGCCGGUCUAGGGUGUGCAGUGACUGUGUCUUCCUAACCCCCACCUGGCGACUGAACCAUGCCCUCCCCGCUUCCAGGUGAACACUGUCGAGGCAGGCCCAUCGGGAGCGCUGCCCAUGCCGGGACACACACAGAUAUUGUCCGGCUGACCAUCCCUAAACCUGAAUCGCACUUGGGAGUCACGCACAAAAGGAAAGCUCCCUGGGGCGGCUCCCUGUAAAAGAGCAGUAAAGUCAGUGUUCUGAAGUGUGGACUGCAGCCCGUCUCUGAUUCGUUGGUCCUCAGAGACAGAGAUGUGAUGGAAUGUGGAGGGAUAAACACUGACUCAGGAAGAAAGGGCAGGCCCAGUUCCUCAGGAGCACCUGACAGCUCAGUUCCGCAGAGCAGGAGCUACAGACAGAGCCGCGGCUGCGGCUGCAGGGCGGUCCUGUCCGUGGACUGAUCAUCACCACGCGGCGCGGAGACCGGCCGCCGGGCGGGAACCUUGCCAGGUUCACAAGUUCAGCCGGGAGCGCGCUCGAGUCGACACACCCCUUUCGCCGGAGAGGAGGGCGGGCGGGCGCGAGGGGAGCUGCGUGCGGUUGAAAACCAGUGUGGACACGAGUGAAAUCUGAUCGCGCGCCGGCAGAAGCGUGUGAAGGCAGGAGCCCCGGAGGAGCGAUCGCCCUUGGGCAGCCCGAGUCCGGGCGAAGUCAUGCCGGGCUGCUGAGCGGGGACGGCAGCCGGAGCGAGCGCUCGCAUGGAGAGCCCGGUGGCCCCCUGCGUCCUCUACCCGGGGGACGGAGCGUGCGGCCAGGCGGGGGGCCGGGGCGACGCUCCCGAGGCUCCGGGAGAGGGCGGCCUGCAGCCGCCGGACGCGGCCGUGGGGGAGGGCGCUGCGUCCCCGGCGCAGACACCCUGCAGUCUCAGCGCGUCCCUGUGCUUCAGCUCCGGGGACGACUCCCCGCCCUCUUGUCGCCGCGGCCAGCGGGUGGUGCAGAGGCAGUGGGAAGUCGGCAGCGCGGGCGCCGCGUCCCCGGAAGGGCGCGCGUCCCCUGAGGCUCCCGUGUCCCCCGAGGAGCGCACGUCCCCAGAAGAGUCCGCGUCCCCGGAAGAUCCCGCGUCCCCCGGGGAGCGCCCGCCGUCCGAAGAGCCCACGUCCCCGGAAGAGCCCGGGGACCCCGCGCCCGUGCCCCCCGGCGUCGGGCCAGAGCACGGGGAGCCCGACCUGCUCAUCGAGGUGUCGGGCCGCCGGCUGCGGGCGCACAAGGCGGUGCUGGCGGCGCGCAGCGACUACUUCCGCGCGCGCGCGUCGCGGGACGUGCUGCGGGUGCAGGGCGUGGGCUGGGCGGCGCUGCGGCUGCUGCUGGCCUACGCGUACAGCGGGCGCAUGGCGGGCGUGCGGCCCGACAACGUGGCCGACGUGGUGGCCGGCGCGCGCCGCCUACAGCUGCCCUGCGCCGCGCAGCGCGCCACCGACGCUGUGGCGCCUCAGCUGAGCCUGGCCAACUGCUUCGAGGUGCUGAGCGCGGCCAAGCGGCAGCGGCUGGCCGAGCUGCGCGAGGCCGCCUACCGCUUCAUGAGCGACCACUACCUGGAGGUGCUGCGCGAGCCCGCCGUCUUCGGGCGCCUGUCGGGCGCCGAGCGCGACCUGCUGCUGCGCCGCCGCCUGCGCGCCGGCCGCGCCCGCCUUCUGGCCGCCGCGCUCGGCCCGGCCGGGGAGCGCGCGGGCAGCCGGCCGCAGAGCCCGUCCGGGGAGGCGGAGGGCCGAGGCGACGCCGCCGUCUACUGCUUCCACGAGGCGGCCGGCGAGUGGCGCGAGCUGACGCGGCUGCCCGAGGGCGCGCCGGCUCGGGGCUGCGGCCUGUGCGUGCUCUACAACUACCUCUUCGUGGCCGGCGGCGUGGGGCCCGCAGGCCCCGACGGCCGCGCGCGGCCCUCGGACCGGGUCUUCUGCUACAACCCGUCCACCGACCGCUGGAGCACCGUGCGGCCGCUGCGCCAGGCGCGCUCGCAGCUGCAGCUGCUGGCCCUGGACGGCCACCUGUAUGCCGUGGGCGGCGAGUGCCUGCUCAGCGUGGAGCGCUACGACCCGCGCGCCGACCGCUGGGCCACCGUGGCCCCGCUGCCCCGGGGCGCCUUCGCCGUGGCGCACGAGGCCACUACCUGCAACGGCGAGAUCUACGUGUCCGGGGGCUCACUCUUCUACCGCCUGCUCAAGUACGACCCGCGGCGCGACGAGUGGCAGGAGUGUCCGUGCAGCAGCAGCCGCGAGCGCUCGGCCGACAUGGUGGCCCUGGACGGCUUCAUCUACCGCUUCGACCUGUGCGGGGGCCGCGGCGAUGCGCCGGGGGCCGGGCCUGCGGGGGGGGUCAGCGUGCUCCGCUACCACUGCCUGGCCAAGCAGUGGAGCCGCUGCGCCUCGCACCUGCGGCCCCCCGGCGCGCCGUCGGGCCUCCAGCCCUUCCGCUGUGCCGCGCUGGAUGGCACCAUCUACUGCGUGAGCCGCGCGGGCACCUGGCGCUUCGUGCCGCCCCCGGACGGCGAGCCCGGCGCCGGCGACGCGGGCCCCGAAGGCAGCUUCGAGCUCCAGUCGCUCCGAGCCCCCGCGGACGCCCGGGGCCUGCUCUUCCCGUUCGUGCUCAACCUGCAGGAGGAGAAGCCAGACCGAGGCGAGGAGGGCGCCGCGUAGGGUGGGCCGGGACACCCGGGCGUGUCCCUCGGCAGCCCUGAGCCAGGGGACGCCCCGAGGGCCGAGGUCCCAACUGGGAAACUGGAAGGGGCGAGGGGAGAGCAGGCGGGGAGGGAGAGAGUCGGGGGAGGGCCCCAGUGGGCCCCGCCCAGCCCACGGGAUCAUUUAAAGGCUUAGAAGGUAGAAGCUUGUCGCGGGGCCUUGAAGACCUUCUGCGAUGCUGUAUUAAGGCCCGCUUCCUAGUCCGCAUUCCUUUUGCUUUGCUUUGCUUUGCUUUGCUUAAUGGGGUCGAUGGCAAGAUGUAGGAUGUGUGCAGAUAGGUAACCUUACAAAUAAGAUACAAAAUACCUGAGAAAGAAAGAAACAGAAUGAGAGAUGAAGCCUCUGGGUGCAGUGGGUGAGGCCUGGAGUGUACCGGGGUGUCCUGUCCUCGGUAUCACUUGUGGAGUGGCCGGGAGGCCCGACCUGAGUCGUGUGGGGUACCAGGUACCCGUUGCUUCCUGCACCAUGAGAGGGGACCUCGGGGCCACCUCCCAGAGCUGAGAUCCUAAGUUAGGCCAACAUGAACUAUAUUAGUGGAACAACUACAAGAAGGUCAUACUUCUUUCGGCUUGAGGUUUAAAAGUAUAACUGAUAAGUAAAGCUUUUAAACCCUUUCUAAGUUAGUUUAAAAGUUUCUGCCACAUGUGCUUAACUUGCGGUUGGCUCCACUCCAAAUGUAGUAAGUAUUAAGGGUGAAAUCUUUGAUUCCCAAUAAGAUCUGUCCAGUGAACACUGGAAGUAUCUCCUCUGUCAUCACAGGGGCCCAGAUAUGGUCAAAGGCCCACACACCUCAAGAGCAGGUCCUUCUCACCGCUUAACUGAGAUGGGUUUAAUAUUUUCAAGUUAAGAGAUGUUAAUAAUUAUGUUGAGUGAUGUAGUAACGAUUUGCUCUUAUUUGAGUUUUAAAUCUUUGAUGACUGAAUGUUUUCCAAAGAGCAUGUCAUCAGUAGGAAAAGUGGGCAGUGGCCGUGGUGCUUGUCUGCUUUAAAAGGAGCAUUUGGUACCCACCAGGUUUGCUCAGCCACUUUGAUAUUUCAUAGUGGGCUCAAAAAGAGUAGUAUUCCCCCCCCCCAAAAAGAAGGUUAAAAUCCUUUCUUUUUGAGAGUUCUAAAGAGUAACAUGCAGGCACAUUUGAACCCACUACUUACGAUUUUUUUUU